AUGAACUUUGUCACUCUUGCCGCCCUCUUCCUCGCCCUCUUCGUAAGUUGCUUCUCAUUUCAGAAGACUGUACAUUUUCAUUCAGAACAGCGCGGCUUCUCAACUCAAUCAAGCCUGUCUGUUCUGUUCGGGAGUACUCAAUGUGCCAGAAGAUUGGGCUGCGGCUCAGACUCUUCUGAAGUUCGGAUGUGGAAAGCUGGGAGAUGCCAAGGACUCGUGCGUCAACCUCGUCAAUGCGGCCGAUCUGACGUCGUCGUACCCACAGAUGUACCCGUACAUUGUUCAGUUGAAGGACAUUGGAUGCAAGAAGUACUGCUCUUAA